CCAAUUCUAGAAGACCCCACAUCGUACGGCUCAGGAUUUCCCACGUGUAGAUCAAUGCGUCCAACACGUGUAUAUAUUACCAUCACAAUUCACAGACAACCCAAGUGGCCAACCAUAUAUUCUCCGCGUGACUUAUCCCUAUAUAAAGUUGAGCUACCUCUGCACUCCGAUUUAAUGCUCUGUUCUUCCGCUCGUGUUCUAAAUCUCACGCGAAGAGUUCUCUAUUUCGCAGCCGCGUCUGCUUCUGUUGUUUCACCUAAGAAUUUCGGUUUUCGUUCGGAGCAAACCCUUUUGUUUUCAUCAUCUUCUUCGAAUUCUCCCCCAUUCGAAGGAGGGUUUUUGUUCCCUUGUAAACAGAGUCCUCUGCUGCCUUUUCUGAGGUCGGAUCACACAAUGGCAAGCCAAUCAAAUAAAGGGUCGAUCCACGACUUCACUGUUAAGGAUGCUAGGGGAAAUGAUGUCGACCUUAGCAUUUACAAGGGAAAGGUUCUAUUGAUUGUCAAUGUUGCAUCCCAAUGCGGAUUGACUAAUUCAAACUACACAGAGUUGAGUAAAUUAUAUGAGAAGUAUAAAAACCAAGGUUUGGAGAUUUUGGCAUUCCCAUGCAAUCAAUUUGGAGCACAAGAGCCGGGAAGUAAUGAGGAAAUUGUGGAGUUCGCCUGCACUCGCUUUAAGGCUGAGUAUCCCAUCUUUGAUAAGGUUGAUGUGAAUGGUGCGCAAGCGGCUCCCGUGUACAAGUUUUUAAAGUCUAGCAAAGGAGGGAUUUUUGGGGACGGCAUCAAAUGGAACUUCUCAAAGUUCCUGGUUGAUAAAGAUGGCCAAGUUGUUGAUCGUUAUGCCCCAACGACUUCUCCUUUGAGCAUCGAGAAAGAUGUGAAGAAACUGUUGGGCAUCUCCUAACUCCCAAGUGCGCGAAGGAUGAUUGCUUGAUCAGCUCUCUGUUAGUAAAUAAAUGCACACUUGGACGUGGGUGUCUCGACUAAUAAGCAAAUAUUAUCAGAAGUUUUUUCUCUCCCCUUCCCUUGGCAUUAUCCCAGCUUUGGAUUGUUCAAUGUACUAUUGAUGUCGUGUUUGGUCCCAAUAAAAUUUCAGGAAUACAUAAUCAUAGUUGACAUAAAUCCAGAGUCCUAAAGGAAUUUUCUCUCUCUCUCUCUCUCUCUCUCUCUCUCUCUCUCUCUAAAAUCUUGGUGAUGCAAAAAUUUGUAUUCUUGUAAUGUUGUUACAAAUUUGAAGUUGAGAAGAUGAAAUAAAAAGUACUCGGGGGCAGAUAAGACACCGAGAAUAUUACCGGCGCAA